UCUUCGCUGGGCCUCCUAAGCACCAGAUGCUUCCUCGGCCAGGGGCUGCGCAGGUGCGGAUGCCUUAGCCCCUUGGCCGCACUCCCGCUUCUCUCCAUCCGCAGCCGGGACUGGAGCGGUGAUCCGCUCGCCCAAACUGACUCCGAAAGAGCUACAGCUUAUUCCCUGCCGCACCAAGGCAACGGGAAAGCGGGUGUCUAGGGGAAAGGCGGGGGUGAUGGGGAGGACAAGGCGUCGGAGACUCUGAACCCCGGAAAAGUUCAAGGUUUGUGCAGGUUCCCCCAGGGAAGGCGAGGAGCGAUGCGAGGCGGGGCAGGGCACCUCUACUGAUACAGCGACACCCCACCCGAGAGAAGAGAGGGUGGUAGCCCAGUGCUGCCGUGGGCUGACUAUCCCCUUUCCCAUUCUACGACGCUCACGGGCUGGAUACUGGAGUAGACGCUCCGGGAAGAAAUGGCUCGAGCCGGGGCGCCUUAGCUGGCUUUCCCGCUCCCUCGCUACUCCAAGCCCCAUCCAUCUCCAUGGGGCAGCGGGUGCCUAGAGCUCCACCCUUGCUCCAGCCAUCAAGCCCCAGACCGGCCAGGCGGCGCCGAGUGGGCCUGUGCUAGCGCAGACUUGAGUCGAGACUGGAGAGAGCACGCUGGAGUCCAAGACCGAACACUGCGAAGGGACAAACAUCUGGUCACCCACCUCAGGCGUUCCAUCUGGGCGUCGCCUAGGGGGGUGGCGACCUGCGUCGCCUGUCUCAUCCCUGCAAGGAAACUUUUCCUUCCCCGUUUGGAUUAAAGUUGCCUGGAUUUUCUCCCUCUUUGCAAAAGAAAACAUUCGUUUGCUCCCGACCUGGGAUUUUCCGGGCUGCUGCAGGGCGCUUGGAGGAAGAAGAAAGCCGCGCUGUGUGUGUGGGGUUACCACCGAAACCAAAGCGAUCCGGGCUCCCGUUGGGGAUCUGCACCUUGAAACGAGUACGGAUAGGAGAGGCGCGGAGAGGCCAAGGGCUUUGGCACGCAGCUCUCGACAACCUCCGAGAGGUGGGUGGCCACAGGACCCCGGGACCGCACGUGCGGCUCCCCCCUCGCUUCUCAGAUCCUGCAGGGGGCACCAACCCUGGGAGGUGGAGACUCCUCCGGCCCGGAGCUGCGCCCCCGCUGGCUCCAAGGGUGUAGCCAGUGGUGCCUGGGACGCCCCCUCUCCUCAGAGUGUCCCCAAAUUGCGCUCUCUGGCCCUUGAAACCUCAACAGAGACAGUUGGGCUCCACAGUGAGUGUGAGGAGACCGAUCCUAGCCUGAGACCAAGUCGCCGCGGACUGCUGCCCUCUAGGACCCCUCCCGCCCCCGCCUCUGCCAUGGCCCCAGGAAUGUCGGGCCGCCACGGCGCCGCCCUGCUCUGCCUCUCCGCGCUGCUCGCCCACGCCGCCAGCCGCUCCCACCCAGCCAGCCCCAGUCCCCCAGGAUCGCAAGCCAGCCCUGUGCUACCGGUUAGCUACCGCCUGUCGCACACACGACUAGCCUUCUUCCUGAAGGAGGCGCGGCCCCCGCCGCCAGCCACAAUCAACGGCUCCCUGCAGCGCUCAGAGCCCUUCGUGGUGUUCCAGACCAAGGAGCUGCCCGUUCUCAACGUGUCCCUGGGACCCUUCAGCACCAGCCAAGUGGUGGUGCGAGAACUUCUGCAGCCGUCCAGCACCCUGGACAUCCCCGAGCGCCUGACGGUCAAUUGGAAAGUACGCGCUUUCAUCGUGCGUGCCCGCGUGCCCGUCUCACAGCCCGUGGCACAGGUGCUUUUCUAUGUGGCCGGUCGCGACUGGGACGACUUCGGGGUCACCGAGCGGCUGCCCUGUGUCCGCCUGCACGCCUUCCGGGACGCACGUGAGGUGCGGAGCUCGUGUCGCCUGGGCGGGGCCUUAGCCACCUGCUUGGUGCGCGCCGAACUGCCCUUGGCCUGGUUCGGACCCCCAGCUCCGGCCGCGCCACCCAGUGCCCGCCGCAAAUCCCCCGACGGACUGGAGCCCGAGGCCACGGCCGAGAGCCAGCAGGUAGAACUCUACUAUACGCUGCACGCCCCCGAUGCAGCGGGCGGCUGCGGGAGCGCGCGGCGCGGCCCCGGGCCGGGAGCAGCCGCGCGUGCCGAAACCCCCACGCAGCACCCGUUGCUACGCAUUGGCAGCAUCAGCUUGUUCCGGCCACCGCCGCGUAGGGCCGUUCAGGAGCAUAGGCUGGACAGCAACUUGAUGAUCCGCCUGCCCGACAGGCCACUCAGGCCUGGCGAGGUACUCAGCAUCCUCCUCUACCUGGCACCCAACUCCUCUGCUGCCAGCCCCAGUGUGGAACACUUCACACUCAGGGUGAAGGCCAAGAAGGGUGUAACCCUCCUAGGCACCAAGUCUCGAAGUGGCCAGUGGCGUGUGACCUCAGAGCUGCUGACUGGGGCGAAGCAUUCAACAGCCACUGUGGAUGUGGCCUGGGCCCAGGGCACACCCCUUCCCCCCUGGGAGGGUCAGGGACCCCUGGAGAUCUUGCAGCUGGAUUUCGAGAUGGAGAACUUCACCAGCCAGUCUGUGAAGCGGAGGAUCAUGUGGCACAUUGAUUAUCGAGGCCACAGUGCCCUGCCCGACCUGGAGCGGGUUGUCACUGAGCUCACGGUUAUCCAGAGGGAUGUGCAAGCCAUCCUGCCCCUGGCCAUGGACACAGAGAUCAUCAACACUGCCAUACUGACAGGCCGGACUGUGGCCAUUCCCGUCAAGGUCAUCGCCAUUGAGGUGUCUGGCCUUGUCCUUGAUGUUUCUGCCCUGGUGGAGUGCCAGUCUGACAAUGAGGACAUCAUCAAGGUGUCCAGCAGCUGUGACUAUGUGUUCGUGAGUGGGAAGGAGUCUCGAGGGUCCAUGAACGCCAGAGUCACCUUCCGCUACGAUGUCCUCAGUGCCCCCCUGGAAAUGACAGUCUGGGUUCCUAAGCUACCUCUGCACAUCGAGCUCUCGGAUGCUCGCCUCAGCCAAGUGAAGGGAUGGAGGGUACCUAUCCUUUCCGGCCGAAGGUCAGCUCGGGAGAGCGAAGAUGAGGAGGAGGAAGAAGAAGAACGGAGACAGAGUGCCAGCCGAGGCUGCACUCUGCAAUACCAGCAUGCCACCCUGCAGGUCUUCACCCAGUUUCACACGACAUCAUCCGAGGGCACCGACCAGGUGGUCACCAUGCUGGGCCCUGACUGGCUGGUGGAGGUCACUGACCUGGUCAGUGACUUCAUGCGGGUGGGUGACCCCCGAGUGGCCCACUUGGUGGACAGCAGCACACUGGCAGGACUGGAGCCAGGCACCACCCCCUUUAAGGUUGUGUCCCCCCUGACCGAGGCUGUGUUGGGGGAGACGCUACUGACAGUGACAGAGGAGAAGGUCAGUAUCACACAGCUGCAGGCCCAGGUGGUGGCCAGUCUCGCUUUGUCCCUGCGACCCAGCCCUGGGAGCAGCCACACCAUCUUGGCAACCACAGCUGCGCAGCCCACCCUCAGCUUCGCCAAGCAGGAAGCCCUGCUGAGUCUGUGGCUCUCCUACAGUGAUGGAACCACAGCCCCACUCUCUUUAUACAGCCCCCGGGACUACGGGCUUUUGGUGAGCAGCCUGGAUGAGCGGGUGGCCACUGUGACCCAAGACAAGGCUUUCCCACUGGUGGUGGCUGAGGCAGAGGGCUCAGGAGAUCUGCUUCGUGCAGAGCUCACCAUCUCAGAGAGCUGCCAGAAAACCAAGCGUAAGAGUGUGCUGGCUAUUACUCCCGUGGGCCUGCGAGUACACUUUGGGCGGGAUGAGGAGGAUCCCACAUACGACUACCCGGGGCCCAGCCAGCCCGGGCCUGGUGGGGGCGAGGAUGAGACCCGAGGAGCUGGUCCACCAGGCACUGCCAUCCCCGCUGGUGAGAUCCCUGGAUUGGGCACUUCUGGCCCGGUGCCACUCACAGAGGACUACUUACCGCUGCCCACGGGCUUCCUGCAGAUGCCCCGGGGGCUGACGGACCUAGAGAUUGGUAUGUACGCACUUCUGGGGGUCUUCUGCCUCGCCAUCCUUGUCUUCCUCAUCAACUGCAUCGUGUUCGUGCUGCGAUACCGGCACAAGCGCAUUCCUCCCGAGGGCCAGACCAGCAUGGACCACUCGCACCACUGGGUGUUCCUGGGCAAUGGGCAGCCACUGCGGGUGCAAGGUGAGCUGUCGCCGCCCGCAGGGAGUGCCCUGGAAACCGUGCCUGCCUGCUGCCACGGUGAUCACCACAGCAGUGGCAGCUCGCAGACCAGCGUCCAGAGCCAAGUGCAUGGCCGUGGGGACGGCUCCUCUGGGGGCUCGGCCAGGGACCAGACAGAGGACCCUGCUAGCUCGCCCACCUCCAAGCGCAAGAGGGUCAAGUUCACGACCUUCACCACUCUUCCCUCAGAGGAGCUGGCCUAUGACUCGGUGCCUGCUGGCGAAGAGGAUGAGGAGGACGAAGAGGACCUGGGUUGGGGUUGUCCAGAUGUGACCGGAACCACGCGGCCCACUCCACCCCCGGACUUGCACAAUUACAUGCGCAGAAUCAAAGACAUUGCAUAAUGGUGGCCUGAGUUGGCAGGAUAUCCCCACACACGCGGUAGCCUCUGGCUGGGAGUCAGCCAGGACCCCCAGCUCACAGGGACUUGGGGCAGCUGAAUGGAUUUUAUAGUUCCUGCCAUUGCAGCUUUGGUCUGACCGGAUGUGGCCAGAUCCACCAUGAUCUUCUGCCCCCUACAGGUGGAAGACUCCUUCCAAACCCAGCGUGAAACAGGGAGACAGUUCGGCCCUGUUCGCCCUUUCCAAACCUCAUUCCAUCUUACACAUCCCCCACUGCCCCAAGAUUGAGGCUCCAAGGCCAAACUUGGGGCCAGGUGGACCCACACUGUGCCCUGCCAUGCCUCUCACGUCCCCAGUGGUGCCCCCUGUGCAGGGGACCCGAGUGGGGUCUUGUGUCACAGGCUGCACAAAGACUUUUCUUAAACCAAUAUUCAGGGAUUUCUGUCCUGCAGGGUGGGAAGUGGCGGCUGCCUGCCUUGCCAAGGAUCUUGCUGCAGACAGAACAUGGGGUAUUUGGGGGGAUAGUUGUGAUGUCUGCUGGUUUCUGGGUGUCUCCCAAGCCUGGAGCUGACUACGGGGGUGGGGGGCAGUGCAAAGUGGGCACUUUCCCAUGGCUCCCUCUGCUCUUUAGACUGCGGAAAGGCCCAAGUCAGAGGGCUUUUCUUAUCUCUCUGGCCAAACCAUACCCACACAACAAGCGCAGUGGGUGAUGGACAGCCUGUCCCCACAGCAAGGUCAACACUACUGCGCCUUAGCCUGGGCUCUGCUCACUCCUGCUUCCCUCCACACCAAAGGGCGGGCAGCCAUAGCCAGCGUCCCUGAGAUGGAGGAGGCCACCGGGAGUAUCGCAAGGGUCCAUUGGGUGGGUGAAGGCAGAAGGGGGCUAUUGCUCUGUGCCUUCCCCAGUCCCCCAGCCUCACCUCUUGGGUUCUACCCACC